AAUUUCUUUUUGUUAUUUAAAUAAAUUUACGGCAAAAUAGUUUAUUUAAUUUAUGUUUUAGCCCAAUAUAAGAACUAAUAAAGGCCUUAAAAUGAUGAACCAAUAUUUAAGAGAGCUUGAGCAGGACCCUUUUGAUCCCGACGAGUUUGUUGAGAGGAUGGUGCGGCGGAGUAUGCAGGAGUCCCGUCUUAAAGAUGAUCAAUUUGAUCCUGAAAUGAUACAUGACAUUUUUACUCAAGCUAUACAAGACUUAAAGGUUCUACAGGAACGACAAGAACGUAAAUGUGCAAGGUUAGAACAAGCUGUUCAAGAGGAGGAAAAAGUUUAUCUUGCAAAACUGUCAGAAAUAAUGGAUCAGCAUACGCAUUGUGUCAAUGUGUUUAGCUCACUAGAUGAGAGAAUGUCAAGAUGUGGGGGUCGAGCACUAGAUAUUGGAGAGAAGCUGGGAGCAGCACGAGCUCCCAGGGCUAGGUCAGCUGCAGCCCGGGACUUACUGUCACAUCUAGCUAAUUUUCUGAACCCUGGCCCAGUGCUAUCUGAUGUUUUUAAUGAUCCAAAUAAGCUAAAUGAAGCAGCAGACGUGAUACAAAAACUAUACACAAUUGCUCAAGAGCUCCCUCCAGAUAAGUUUGAUGUGGCCAAGAAUAAAAUAGAAACUAAGUAUGAUGAGAUCGAAAGGAAUCUUAUAGAAGAGUUUGUGAGGGCACAAAAUCAAGGCAAUGUCACAAAAAUGAAGGAUAUAGCGAGUAUCAUGACUAAUUUCAAGGGAUACUCUCAAUGUGUUGAUGCUUACAUUGAAACUAGUCAAAUGAACACAUUACUCGGAAAGGAUAUAUUUUCAUCAGUGUUGCCUCUCUGUAAGAAGAACUAUACGGUCAUCAGUAGCGUGUUCCCCAAUCCUGAUCAGGUGAUGAGUAAAUUUGUGCUCAAUAUAUUCCACCUGAAGCUACAGAAGUAUGUACAGACUAAACUAGCGGACAAGAGCGAUAUAGAGAAAUAUCUCAGAAAUCUUUAUGAAAUGUAUACCAGUAUUCAACGUGUCUCCGAUGAGUUGGUUGCUGAGAACUUAGUGUCUGCUGAUGGAAAUGCCUCAACUGGAGACUUACGUCGGGAAGCCCUCAUCAACGGAGCCAUGGCUGGAGCUACCGAGGGCUACCCUGCACUGGAGAUAAGAAGACUGAAGGCUAUCCUAUCUAGUGCCUUAAAUGCGUAUUAUGCAGAGAAACAACAUGUUAAGAAGCAAAUACAAGGAGGAGGUUUUCAAGAACUCCGGCGGGAUUUGCAAGCGGUGAUCGGUACUCGGGCGAACAUUAACAUCGCACAGAUUGAAAAUUACGGCGGUGAGACAUUCCUCAGCGAGCAGCUGGCGAGGAAGAUGUUGAGUGACGCUCAGACCUCUUUCUUGAGAUGUAGAACUCUUUGCACUGCGAGCGAGGUGUCCGGCACGACGAUAGCUCUGCUGGAGGUGUUGAUCCAGCAGCUGCUAGUGGAGCACGUGGACUACGCGCUCGACCUCGGCCUGCAGUCCAUACCCAUCGCCGAGACCAAGUCACCGCCACAGAUCUACUUUUUCGACACGGUCAACCAGGCUAACAAAAUUGUUAACAUGUUCAUAGAACAUUUUCAAGAAUCCGUGUUGCCCUGUAUGAGCAAGCACAGCGAGUGCGUGCAGCGGAAGAACACAAUAAUCGAGCAGCUGGAGACCAAGCUGGACCUGGGUCUGGAGCGCGCCAUCUCGGCCGUGGUGGGCUGGGUCAAGCUGCACCUCCACACCGAACAGAAGAAGUCCGACUUCAAGCCCGAUGGCGACAUCGACACUAUAGCCUCGCCUGCAUGUCUGGGCGUGGUGUCGUACCUGAGUUCCACGACGGAGCGUCUGCACGCGGCGCUGGAGGGCGACAACCGGCAGCUGCUGACGCUGGAGCUAGCCGUCCGCCUGCACCGCGUCAUAUACGACCACCUCCAGAACUUCACAUUCAACUCCGCCGGCGCGAUGAUAGCUAUCUGCGACGUGAAGGAGUACCGGUCUGCGGUGUGCGGGCGCGGCAGCGGCGGCGGCGGCGACACGGCGACGGCGCUGUUCGACGCGCUGCACGCGCUGUGCAACCUGCUGCUCGUCAAGCCGGAGAACCUGCACCAGGUCUGCGAGGGGGAGACGCUGGCGGAGCUGGACCACUCCAUCCUCCUCAACUUCAUCCAGCUACGCUCCGACUACAAGACACACAAGCUCUCCAACUUCCUCAAGGGCCUGACGAACUGAGGAGCAUUAUACAUUAUACUGUAUAUUAUAAUCCACAAGACUCGCUGUUAGAUAUUACAGAUAUAACAAUAAAGUAUUAUUUAUUCAAUGUUUA